CGUGCCGAUUUAUCCGGAGCCACGAUUCAAGAGAGAGUUAGACAUCGAUCCGCAGGACGUUCUAACUCUCCUCUCUCUCUGGGAAAACGAACGCCACAAACGGAACUGGCAUAAAUACAUAAACGACGAAUAUGAAAAUGUCGACGACGAGGAAAACCUUCUCGAGGAAGAAGAUCCUCGAAACAUUAUUCCGUGGAUAGACUCAUCGGUGUAUCCGCCUCGACAUUACAACAUAGAUGCUCUGUCGCCGUCAGAUAUUGGAAUCGUUCGCACUCAUCCAUCCGGCUAUUACGAACAAUACGAGAAUCAGUAUGGGCAACAAUACGACACGACUUCUCAAUACAGUGGCCCUCAAUACGGUCUGGUUUAUCCUCAACAGACUUACUACAACACCCCCGAGAAAAGGUUCAUGAUCUCUAAGAAACGCUCGCAGACGUACGAUCCUUACUCCAGCGCGGCUCAGUUCCAAAUAAGCUCGCAAUCGCGCGGAUAUCCUUACCAACACCGUGUCGUCUAUUAAAUCGAUGCCAAUCGACACCGGUGGACAGCAACAAAAUUAACAGGAAAUUGUCGAGAACGUAUUUGAUGGAAGCCGAAGCGAAUAACGCGGGAAAGAGGAUAGCAAACUGACGUUUUCGGACUCACGUAUACGCAAAGGGAAAUCAAUGAAGAAAUUUUUGCGCUUUCUUGGCGAACGUUCCCUCUCCGACGUCUCCUUUAUUUGGCUAUUCUGUCUUUGUUGUUUAACACAACACGCUACGCGCUCGAGAAACGAACUAAGUAGUCGUUAAAGACUACCAACUAGUCUUAAAGACUACUUUAAGAAACACGGUGCUCAGAAAGACUAUUCAUAAUCUUGCUGAAGAGACAAUAGCCCCUUUGAUUAACGUUUUAUUCGUUUAGUCAACGACCAGCGAAACGCGUAACAAGAAGAAACUUGUGUAAUCUUCUUCUUCUUCUUCUUCUUCUUCUUCUUCUUCUUCUUCUUUUUUUUCAACAUCUUUCGAAAUCCUUCAAGAGUACGGUAAAGAAGUCAACGAGGUACAGACGCAUUUCUGUCUUCUGGCUUCGGUAUACUCUUGUACUUUUAUGAAACUUUGGAGCUUCUCUCGCGCGCAAGAAAAAAAGUACGUAACUUAUUGUUAGAGAGCCUUGGGCGAAUCGCGCGACGACUGAAAUCGUUGAGAACAAUCGUAAGUAGUUACUCGAAUCAAAUUAUCCCCAGGCUUGGUUCGCGACACUUCUGACUGAUUAAAAAAAGAGAAAAAGACGACGAAUAGCUUUUUUCCACGAGUUAGCACGAAGAUAGACGUAGCAUACCGUUUGAUAGAGAUAAACGUAGCAGGAAUGAGAAAAUGAUCGGCGUGAAAUGAAAAAAAGUGGAACGAUGGUUUUAAUUCGGUGGCGUAGAGGAAGGAUAGACGAUAUCUUUAGGAAAAUUUAAAGUGAAAGACGAUGAUGAAGAGAUGUAAUUUUAUAACUUUACCAUUCGUUUCGCACUUACGAAUAUGUACACUCCCAGACAAAAUGAUAGCACAUGCGUGCUAUAUAUAUAUAUAUAUAUAUCUUUAAUUUCAGAAAUAAAUUGGAAACGUAGCAAAUGGUAUGUGAAUGUGACGACACAGAGAGAAGGAAUCUGUUCGUUCUAGCUACUAUUCAUAAUAUGCAGAAGAAACACACACGUAAAUACCUUGAGUAAAUAAGUAAAGCAAAACAAAAGCAAAAUAAUCCAAAAAAUAUCCAAAUUUAAUAAUAAAAGAAAUUAACACGCAUAUACAUAUUUACUAUUGGUCUCUUCAUCAAAGAGAAUUUUAUGUUUUAGCCUAAUAAUCAAUAUUUUAUAAAUAAAAAAAAAAUAUCAGUUUUCCUUGAUCAUCUGACAUGAUCAGAAACUGUUAGAGAGACACAUGCUAUCUACAAAAAUGUGGCAGCAUUGAAUAAGCGAAGCAAUCAAAUAAAAAAGAAUGAAACAAUCUAUCUCAGGAUAAUAAAAUCAAAAGUCUCUGUAAGUCCUUACCAAGCCAGGUAUUGUUCUUCGAUAUUUAUGCUUCUUUUAUAUUCUAUGGUAACAACAGUCUUUUUUACCAAUAGAUCCUUUCUCCGUAUGUCGUCACAUUCAUUUAGUAUCUGUAAAUGUGCUAUCAUUUUAGUGUAUAUAUUGUUAUAAAUAUAUAUACCUACACGUGUAAUAUGUUGACGAAAAAUGGACAAAAUACCGAAGUUCGAUCAAGCUUGUUCACGCAACUAUUGUAUUGUACUUCAUCUAUUUAGUUUAUUUUGCAAGAGGCAAGAAAGAAAUAUAAUACGCAAAAACGGAAAAUCAAAGAUACCGAAGCACGAUGUAUAUUGAGUACUGAAAAUACCAGUUUGAAUCUAACGAAUAUCGUCGGAAUUACAAUUAAGGAUUACAACAACAUAUCUUCUAUUGGAUAUAUAUUGGAUUCAUACUUUAUAUUCGACGUGCCGACAUGACCGAUAAUUCUCAACCUCCCUUGCCCUUGUUACUUUAAAAUCUGAUCGUCAAUUAAUUUUUCUAGCCGUGUACAAAUUGUAACAACCGUGAUAACGUUUGUCGACAACGGAUGUAUUGAUGAGUGUCAACGCAUAUCUCGAUGAUGUUCACUCCUAAAUAACUCUCGGAAAUAAAAAUUUCACGACUCGAUCGCAAUCCUCGGCCAUUAUCGCCGAUUAACGCUUGUCACAAGGUGGCGUUAAUAGAAACUAAACAAUAUUGUAUUUAAUUAAGAAUGUGCUAUCGUGAAGAUACUUGCACGUUCGGCAGAAAUUAACAGAAGGCAGAAUCGAGAGAACAUGCACGAGACUCGUCGGGUGCGUGAAAUUUUUCAUUCUCAUCCUUUGCUGCGAAUGUAAAGUGUGAAGCACCGUUAUACCGAUAAUCCAUCGUCUUGCCAUUGUCAACAAAAAUAAAAAAGAGAGAGAGAGA